UGAACUUGAAGAGCCUCAGGAAGAAAUCGAAGUUGCGCUGAGGCCCCCGGAAGCAGCAGCUUCCCAGCCUGCUUCGAGAUGCGUCUGAGAGCCCCGGUCUGCGGGGCUGCCGGGUCAAAUCACUUUUAAGGUUGGCCAUGCGGCGCACCGCGUUGGCGCUUCCACGCGUCCAGCCCUCUCCACGGGCGGCGCGUAAAAGCGAGUGGCUCCGCAGCGCCCUGGCCCAUCACCACUGCCCCGAUCCGGCGGCCGAGAACGAGAUCAUCGUUCUCGCCACCGGAAUCGACCAGUACCUGCAGGAGGUCUUCCACCACCUGGCCCACCCCGGCCUGGACGACACGGUGUCCGGGGAGGACUUCGCCGCUCUGUGCGCCGUGCUGGGACUUCCCGGAGCCCAAAGGACGCCGGAAGCGGAGGAUGGAAGCGGCGGUGGCGGAGCGGAGCAGCAGCAGCGUGAGGAGUUCGCGGAUGUUUGUUCAGGUUUACCCGAGCGGCUUUCCUUUAAAGACUUUCACUCGCGGCUCUGCGGGUGUUUCCGAGUGCGCGCUGCGCCCGGAGUCAGCGGGGGUCGCGCCUGGCGUCUGCCGGUUUCCGAGGACACGGAGCUGGUGGAGAGACAGAUCCGGCUGCGGUGGCCCCGGGUCCGGCGGAGGAAGUGUGUCAGUUUUGACCUGGGUCGAGAUCAGACCGGAACCAAGAGCAGAUCCGUGAAAAGCGGAGCCGAGGAGGAACUCCGUGAGCAAGAUGAGGUGGGCGCUCUGAGGGAGCUGGUUGAGGACCUGCGCUCUGCUCUGCAGGGGAGCGACGCUCGCUGCCUGGCCCUGGAGGUCGCCCUCAGACGGGAGAGGAGCCGGACCCCCGCCGGCCCCUGCAGCCAAGGGGCCACCUUUUCUGUUCCCACAGCCUGCGGCGCGUUUACGCAGGGGAAACCGGGACAAACCGACAGACCUCAAAACCAGCCUGAAGGGACGAGGAAGGGACAGAGGAGGUGGGACAUCAGAGACCCCCUGCUGAGGGAGCUGAAACUGAUUCGGUCGUCACGUGACGGGCAGUUAGAGGAGGCCAUCAAAUUCAAUGAGCGUUUGGAGGAAGAGCUGCAGUGGGCGUACCAGGAAGUUCGCAAGCUGCAGGGGGUGGAAUCGUCCCUGAGGAGGGAGAACAGCCAGAUCAGGAGGCGGGCGGAGGAAGCUAGAGAGGCUCUCAACGUGGGGCUGCAGAAGGUCCGGCUGAUCCAGGAACAGGCCCGGUUGGUGCCGCAGCUCCAGUCCACGAUCACCCAGCUGGAGACGCAGCUGCUGCGGUACAGAAUCGGCUGCACCUGCCUCUCCGAGAGCCGGUCGAGUCAACCUGAGGACCCGAGUGAUGCAGAGGGUCUGCAGCGGGCGGUGGAAGGGAGAGCCGCCUCUGACGAAGAGGAAGACAACGGGGGUCUGGAGGAGACGGGAAACUGUUGCUCCUCAAAGGAGAAGAGCGUCGCCUCACGGAGUCCCGGCUGCGUCGAAGGAUGUCAGAACAACACAGUCCAUCGUCCUCUCUCUCCGAGUCGCUCGGAGCUCCCAAAGCGCCCCGGCUCUACUGCAGACGGCACAGACUGCUGCAGCGGGACGGGGCCAAACCAAGGGGAGAAAAACGGACGCGGACGCUUUGGAAAGGUAAAGAGGCCUGAGGACGAGGUGGAGAAGACACGUCUGUCUCUGCUGGAGGACAAACUCGCAGAUUCACUCACCCUGCUGCUACAGCUGCGCAACACGAAUGUGUCACGCAAGGUCCUGGAGAAAAUGGUGGUGGAUAGUCUUGGUGUCCGCAGCCAAACUGAAGCUGGUCAAGCCCAGGACCUGCAGGCUGCUGGCUCUGAUGGCCUCAGCAUCCACUUGACCCCCAGCGACCUUCCCAAAAGAAAAGGGGAGGAGGAUGAGGGAGGAGGGCAGAAUGGAGAGAAACAUCUGCAUCCACCUGCAGGGUGUCAAACGAACAAUAUUAACUCUCUGCUAAUCUCCGGUUAGCAAGCUAACAUCUGUCAUUCCUGUUCUACUGCAUAUAAUACUGACAUGUUUUACCAUGUUAACCUUAAAUAUGCCUACUUCAUCCAAACGGCUAUUUUACAUGUAUUUAAUUAUAUAAAAAUAAUAUUUAAAUUGAGCACUUGUGUAGAAAUAAAGAGUUCUAAUUAUGUACAUGUAUGCAUUUUGGGUUUCUGAACUUCCUGCAACCUACCUCAGUCCUUGGCUGCUCAGUCAAUAAAGCAGAUCUACUUA